CCGGAGCACCUGAAUGUGUCUUUAUGUCAGUGUGUGUGUGUGUGUGUGUGUGUGUGUGUCUUAAUGAACGGAUCCCUCGCGGUGACAGCUUAUUGUUGCCACAGCCGAACAUACAAUCAGGUUGUUUAAAACGAGCGGCCCCGCCUUCAUCAUAAUACAGCCUGUAACCGAAAGUAAGAUGUUUUUUUGUGCGUGAGAGCUGCGAGCUGCGGCGGGCAAGAAGCUAAGAGAAGCUGCGACUGACAGUUACUGCAACUCAUCUGAUUGUUCAGCGACAGUCCUUCAAGGACAGAUGACAGAGCCAAUCCAGCCUCUGCUCUUCUCCACAAGUUUCUGAUGAUGCUGAUAAAUAUCGAUUAAAAUCUCAAGCUGUUGUUUAAAGCAACAUGGAAAGAGGACAGGGUGUCAGAUGAGCGACCAGGAAGGAGUGAGUGAUGGAGGAUCUGCCUGUGAAAAGUGGAGGAACUGGUGCAGCAGGCAGUCAAGACGGGGAUUCUCCUUUGUAGGAUGGUCAGAGACAAUCUUGAUAGAACAGUAGUACAGAGCAGAAAACAGAACCACGCAGCUGACUCACAGAACCAAAGUCAACCCCCCGAGGAACCCGUGGGACCAAAGCGAGCACAGAGCCCAGAGGGAGUUCAACCAGAGAGCCAAGAGGAGACAGACAGGCAGCUAGAUCUACUGUGCUGGAAAAAACUCAACUUACAGGAAGAUCCUGAAAGCUGGUGCCAGCUAUUCAAUGGAGCCAAUGCUGAGAUCUUGCCCACACACCUCCGUCCAUUCAGUAGCGCAGCAGAGUACAGACUAGUGAAACGCACAUACCAGCAGCUGCAACACAGUGGUUACUACUGGGGAUCGAUGACCAUGGAGGAGGCACAUGAAAUACUCACACAGGCGCCACUGGGCACUUUCCUCAUCAGAGACAGCGGCCAGCCGGAUGUUUUCUUCACGCUGAGUUACCAAAGUGACGAAGGCCCGACAAGUGUUCGUGUCCAGCUGAACAACCUGCUCUUCAGUCUGUAUGGCAGCCACAGGACUUUUGCUUCACUCUUUGCUCUGCUCACGUAUUACACCAGCUCAUCCUGUAAGCUGACGGUGCCAUAUCGCAAGCAGCGUCCGGAGCGCCUGAAGCAGAUGUGCAGGAGGGCUCUAAUACACACACACGGAGCAGAGAACAUAAGCACCUUACCUGGACUCAGCACUCAAGUUAAAGACUAUGUUCAUGCGUAUCCUUGUUGUAUAUAGACACGUGUGGGCAGAGUGCCUAUCGAUGUAUCAAGAUGUUGUUUUUGUUGUAAGUUAAGCAAAUAUUCUGUAUUUGUGUUAUUUACACACGGUCUGCAAGUGUUCGAUGGUUGUUUGCACACAUUAUCACAAUGUUUUACAGUGUUUAUGGUACAUAUUAUCAUUUUUUUUAAAUUAAUAAUAGAUUCUGUGUAACUGCUGCACCACUCCUCCAUCAUAAAUAUCAGUCGUAACGUCCAUGAAGAUGUAACAUUUGCUGCUGUUUAAAGCUGCAUUUAUUGAUGUUUGGCCACCAGGGGGCAAAAAAAACAUCAAAACAUGCUGACAUAUCACCACUUUGUCAUAUGCCUGUGAGACCCGAGUGUUUUUUGUUGUGCAUUUUUAAUUUCUCCUAGCUAUUUUGGAUUAGUGCAACCUGACAAGUAGAAAAAAACAUCUAGCUUUUGUCUUUGAUCUGAAAAUAGUUUUGAAAAAAAAAAGAUGUGACCAGUUGUCCCCAUUUAAGAAACUGAAUGUGGGGACAGUGGGUUUAUUCUUAAUCAUGACAGUGUGGAAUGAAGUGUAAAACUAUUUAUUUAAGUGCCUGAAUAUUGCUGUGCAAAAACAAAAAUAACAAGCAAUGUAGUAUAUCUGAAAGCCUUUUGAAGUGCUCGUUUUGUAGCUCUGUACGAAUUUCCUGUGCUCCAUACUCCAAUCUAGGAAUGUCUUUUCAUCUGUGGCAACAGUCUGUCACACCAUAUCGGGCUGUGUGGUAUACUGCCAUAAUACAAUAAUAAUCUCCCAGUGUCGUCAAACAAGUACUUUUUAAUUUACAGCGUUGUAGCUUGUUGUUAAAAUUGGUCAAAUUUGUAUAACAAGUGUUAUAAAGCGCAAUAAACAAGUGAAAGGGACACUUUGCUGAUUUUCAACCACCUCUGUACCAUAACAGUGUGGGUAGUUUGUGUAAAUGAACUGCGGUAAACUUCCCUCCAUUUUACCAGUGCCCAGAUCUCCCUGCUCAUCUCUCAGCUCAAACUUUUCACUGGCUCUAACUCAAACUACAAAUUGCACUUCUUCAUUUUUGUAGACCCGACACCACAGACACAGAGUAUACAAGCAGAUCGAGAGAGAAAUCUGCCUCUCUCUUUCUCAUCGUCUCAAACUCAGACAAAACUGUAAAACUGGGUAGUGCUGGUCAAAUAAAACCCAAGAUUCUGUUACUCUAUUGCCUAUGUUCUGCCUUAAAUGUCUUCAGAAACAUAUUUUAGUGCACUGUUUGGCGGUAAUAUGAGUAUUUUAUGAACAGGAAGUGGGUUCCAUACUGUUUCCUGUAUUGUAAAAAACAAAGGCUGAAAAGGUUUCCUAUUUCACUCCUAAAAUGUUUCGAGAAACAUAUUUCAUCUCACUGUUUAACUAUAAUUGGAGAUGAUUUGUUACCAGCCAACCGCCAUAUUGUUUUCUGUGGAAAUAGAGCCAAGCUUGCAUCAUG